UCAAAGGAAGAUCGAGCCCUUGAGGCCUCACCAUAGGAUUUAAAAACACAGCAAGUGCAUUAUAAAUUUAAGAUAGCCCUUGGGGCUCCAACGCGCCUGACAACCUCAGAUUGUAGCCUCGUUCUGUCUACCUUUUCCCCCAUUGACCUGAUCCCGCUACAAGUGGAUAUACACUGGGAUUUCGCUUGGUUAUUGAAGAAAAGGCUUCAUAGAGAAGGGGACGUCCUUUAUCCUUAACUAAACGACCUGCAACACCCAUCAAAAGGCUCAACUUUGCAGGAAUAAUAUAAUACCAUGCUUUUCUCGAAACCUUGUACCGCCCUUCUUGGUCAAGCUCUGCAGUUCCAACGCCUUACGUCGUAUAACUGCAACUAAAUUGAUUUGAAACUUGGGGUAACCACAUAGAAUGAAGAGUUCAAAUCAAAACCACAUAAAUCCUACGUUAGAAGCUCAUUCUAUAUAAAGUGGGAUUCAAGUCUCCACUUGGGAUCCUAACAGUACUCCAUAGGGCUUUUGCUUAUACAAAUAUGUUGGGUAUAGCUUUAAAAGAAUCUAGUCUCAUGGAUAAGCAUCGGCAAUGCUUCUUGAAGCUCUAUCAUAAGGCCAGGCGAAAUUCCAUUUCUGCUUGAAAAAAAGCUCUUCAAACAAACUUUGAGUCGAUAAUUUCACACCAAGUAACAUGCCAAGUGACGGCUUAUAAAAUUUUGGGCUUUUUACUGACUUUAAUCUUAUAAAGAAAACUGAUUAAUGCAGAAAAAAAAAGUGCCUAAAUGGUAACUGGAUAGUUGUCGCCUCGUCGAUGAACGGCACUGGGUUUUUCCCUAGAUCAAUAGACGACUUGUCGUCUUCCACUAGUCAUCUGAUCUGACCAUUGUUUCUUUUUUUUUUUUUUUUGUUUCAGUCGAUUUCCAGCGCGUGGCUUCACUGUACUCAUUCACUCUCUCCCUCCCUCCUCUCUCACUCCACGCUCCGCGAUGAACUCCCCGACUCUCAGAUCCAUAAACAAACACCUUUCUUUUCUUUUCCUUUAAACAAACCCUAAACCCUGAUUUUUAAAAUUCUCUCUAAAAGCUCUACCUUUUCUUUGAAAUUCAUCUCCAAAACCGUCUUAAACCCUGAGAAAAAGCCUUUUCCUUUUUCGCUUACUUUCCAAUUUGGCUUAUUUCUUCUGCUUUUAGUUUUGUUUUAUAAAGUAAACCAACCCUUUUAGUUGUACUGUCGCAAACCGGUUUGAUUUUUGGGGUUCUUUUGGGGUGAAUUUUUCUUGUUUUCCUACUUUUUUUUUUCUCCGAGCAACCCCAGAGGAAGAAACCUAAUUUUAAAAACAUUUUCAGUUUUCGUUUUUUCUGGGUUUGUUAGAAGGAAUUAGGGUUCUUGCUUGGUGAUUAUAUGAAUGGCUGAUUGAGAUUGUUCUGAAAUAUAUAUAUAUAUUCUUUGUGCUCCCUGCUAAAAGUUGAAAGCUUUCUCUUGGGCUUGUGUUAAGUUAGGGUUUUUGUUUGAUAAUUACAUGAAUGGCUUCAGACCCAUUACUUGGUGUUGCUGGAGAGAAGCACAAGAAGAAAUUAAAUGGCAGAAAGAACCAAAAUAAUUCCAACAGUGUUCCUCAAUACUAUCACCCCAACGAGCGCCAGAAAUCUUCACAACAACGCCUAGCCAACACCACUGAUUACAACUCCUCUCAGCCUCAGACUCAUCGUGCGGUGUCAGAUGAUUCCUCAAGCCACAACCUUGAGCAAUCGGGUGGUGCUCAACACAGCCGUGAACACGCCAAUGCGAUUGAAAUAGCAGGUUAUUCUAAGUUUGAUAACCUUGUAAAGAUUAAUUUAAAUUUAAGAAAUAGGGAUGAGGUUAGAGCUCUCAAACGAAAACUUACGAGUGAGCUUGAUCAAGUUUUGAGUCUAGUGAAGAGGCUUGAAGCUACACAGAGGUUGUUGAGUAAAAAUGUGAAUAGAAAUUCAAUGAGAAUGAGUUCUGAGAUGGGUUCUGUGGAGCCUACAAAUCCUCGGUCUUUUCGGGGAUCAACUGUAUCUGUGAGUGAGAAUGAGAACAAUCUUGGAGUUAAGGGUGAAAUGGUGGACAAAGUGAAGAGGGCACCAAAAGUUAAUCAGCAAAAGGAGAAGUUUGAUGCUCUUGUGGGAAGGGAAAGGUCAACCCCAAUGGAGAGUAAUAAGAAGUUGAAAUCCAGUGAAUUGGGAGGUGGGUGUCGAUUAGAUCAGGAUUUGAGCAGAUUGUUCAAGAAUUGUAGUUAUUUGUUAGAGAGAUUAAUGAAGCAUAAGUUUGGUUGGGUGUUUAAUAAGCCAGUGGAUGUUAAGGGGCUUGGAUUACAUGAUUAUUAUACGAUAAUUAAGCAUCCAAUGGAUUUGGGCACUGUGAAGGUUAGGUUGACUAAAAAGUUGUACAAGUCACCUAAAGAAUUUGCGGAAGACGUGAGGCUUACCUUUAAUAAUGCCAUCUUGUAUAACCCAAAAGGUCAAGAUGUGCAUGUAAUGGCUGAGCAAUUGUUAAAGAUAUUUGAAGAGAAAUGGGCAAAAAUAGAGGCUGAGUAUAGUUUCAGUGGGAGGUUGGAAAUGGGUAAUGAUUCGGGUUUGCCAACAUCCACUUCAAGGACAACUCCGGUUCCUCUUGCACCUGCUUGUACACCUGCUCCUGUUCCUGCUCCUGCUACACCAUUUCAUAUUCCAGUUCCUACUCCUACACCAGUUGAUAUUCCUGUUCCUGCUCUGUCUCCACAGUCUGCAGAAGUACGGAAUUUUGAGAAAGUAGAGUCAAUUGCAAUGCAUGUGGAUCAAAAGACCAUUAUUUCGGCUCAUCAAGUUAAGACACUAGAUUUAAAGAAGCCUGAGGCUAAGGAUCCUGAGAUGAGGGAUAUGACUUAUGAGGAGAAGCAGAGACUAAGUUUGAACCUUCAGGACUUGCCUUCAGAUAAACUGGACCAUGUCGUCCAGAUAAUUAAGAAGAGGAACCCUGUGCUUUCUCAACAAGAUGAUGAGAUUGAGGUGGACAUUGACAGUUUUGAUCCUGCAACACUUUGGGAACUUGAUAGGUUUGUUAAUAAUUACAAGAAGAGUUUGACUGACAACAGGAGGAAAGCUGAGUUUGCUCUUCAGGAAACCGCAAAAUCUGACCAUAAUAUUCUGGAUACUAAUAUGGAAUUAAUCGUUUCAGAGUUACCAAAAGGAACUGAAGCAGUAGUCAAAAAGAUUGUUUCCACAUCUUCGCCUGUUCAAGGAGAAAAGCAAGGUGAUAAUGUGAGUGAAUCAAUCUGUUCAAGUGGUUCUAGCAGUGACUCUGGAUCAUCUUCAAGUGACUCUGGCAGUAGUAGUUUGUCUGGACAUGGGUCAGAUGCUGAUCAUUGAACUAGGAGGUGAAUGGAUUGAGCUAAGUUGGCAGGAAAUUGUUAGACCAAAGUUUGACCCAUGUACUUUUUGGUACAUCAUAUGAUGUGGAGGAACCACCCCAAGGACAUUUACCAGUAGUUGAAAGACUGAAGCACCAUCAAUUUUGCUGUUAUCAGUAGAGCGAAGGCUGAAGCAAUCUUGUGACUCUGUAUAUGAUAAUAAUAGUCCCACCCAAAUUGGGAGAAAGUGAAAGAGAAGGGGGCUUUAUAGAUGAUAAUUCAGCCCACUUAAAUUUUGUUAAAUUUCCCUUGUAAUAAAAUGACAUUGGGCAUUAUUCAUGAAACCUACUCCGUUUGAAAAGACAUUGCCGUUGCCAUUGGCAACAAAUGCAAAAACUAAUAAAUAAUGCAAAAUUUGUAAUGAUCGA